AUGGCUUCUCUCGCCCUCUCUGCUUAUCAAGAACAGGAGGAAAAAAAAGAUGUCCUCCAAAACUGCGAAGAAAUUAUCUCAACCCUCCCUAAAGACAGAGGCUGGGGAACCGAGCAUUACUACCAAUAUGAAGGCUUUUGGUACCCCCCCAUUUUUCUUGAAGGUGUCAUUUGGGCACAAGCAAAUUUCAGGGCUAGAGACGAUGACAUUUUCUUGGCCACUUUUCCCAAGUGUGGCACAACAUGGGUGAAGGCUCUCAUGUUUGCCAUCCAAAAUAGAGAAAACUAUGAUUUUUUGUCACAUCCAUUGCUCACAAAAAGCCCUCAGGAUUGUGUGCCCUACAUAGAGUUACUUGCUCACCAAGAUAACCCAAUUGACUACCUUGACGCUAUCGCCUCACCUAGAUUCCUUGCGACUCACAUUCCACACAGGUCGUUGCCAAGGUCCAUUUUGAAUUCUGGUACUAAAAUUGUAUCCGUUGCUAGGAACCCAAAAGAUGUUCUUAUUUCUUAUUGGGUAUUUUCCCAAAAAAUAAGAUCAAGUAUAAACAAGCUAGCUCCUCUUCCCAUGGAAGAGGGGUUUGAGUUGUUCUGCAAAGGGGUUGCACUUUCUGGCCCAUUUUGGGAUAAUGUACUGGGUUAUUGGGAAGCAAGCUUGGAAAACCCAGAGAAGGUUCUGUUUUUGAAGUUCGAGGAUAUCAAGAUUGACACAGAUUGCUCUGUAAAGAGGCUGGCAGAGUUCAUGGGCCUUCCUUUUUCAUCAAAGGAAGAGCAAGAAGGGGUUGUGCGAGAAAUAAUAAAGUUGUGCAGUUUUGACAACUUGAGUAAUUUGGAGGUGAACAAAAGUGGGACAUUCAGCAACGCUGAUGGAAAAUUCAGCAACGCUGUCUUCUUCAGACGAGGGCAGACUGGAGACUCAAAGAACCACCUAACACCUGAGAUGCUCGACCGUCUUGACAAAAUUACAGAGCAAAAAUUGGGCGCUUCUGGUCUGAAAUUUUAG